GGUAGCGAGUUUGGAGUGCAACAUCUUUUAUAUACAACUUGCUUAUAUUCACUUUGUUUAUUUUUACGGUGGAUUCCUUUGUAGAGCAGUGCAAGGAAACAGCCAUGAAAAUAACGAGAUGACUAUCGGCUCUGCGUCCGCAUUUUUGUGGAUCCAAUGUUGAAAUUGUUCGCUGAUUCGACGCGCGUAAAUUCGAAGUUUGCGUUGAACGAUGACCCAGCAGACGAGCCUUCUACAUAUCGGCGAUAUCGUCUCUCUUUUCGCCGAGGGAACCGUCAAUGGAUUCAUUAGCACACUCGGCCUUAUCGACGAUCGCUGUGUUGUGCAGCCGUCCGCUGGCGACCUGAAUAACCCGCCGAAGAAAUUUCGUGACUGCUUGUUCAAAAUAUGUCCGUCGAAUCGCUACUCCGCACAGAAGCAAUUCUGGAAGGCUGCGAAACCGACCACAAGCGCUACAGAUGCUGUUUUGCUGAAGAAACUUCAUGUAAGUUUCUGAUAUUAUAUCGUAAAUUACAGUGUAAGUUUCUCAUAGUUUUUCCAAUGCUUUCUUUACCCUCGCGUCAGGGAUUAGAGAUUUCACACCUUUUAACUCGAGCAUCGUCGAGCUAGAUAUUUUUAUGAACUUCCUGUGUACAGGCUUACAAAGGAAUUAAGCCUUUAAACUUCAUCAAUUACAUUUGCGACGGUGAUAAAACCAGAAGUUAAUUUGAAAGAUACGUACGAAGUAUUGAACGAGGAGUACGAUGGAAAUUAGCAUUGUACCAAUUUAACAUUUUUUUUUUUCACCCCAUUGAUCAAGGUACUACUUUUCUCUCGUUUCCUGGGGUGAGAAGUUAUCGCACGACUUGGUCAGAUCAAAACUUAUGUUUAUUUGUAGAGCAGUCCUCGUGCGAAGUGUAGAGGAAGACCAGUUGUGUACACAAAUUUCUGGUACUGAUAUAACAUGUCCCCCGAUUCGAGAAAUGAAGUAUAUAUUUUGCGAAAAACUGGAUUGAUAUUUCUUCUGGCUGUUUGAAAAUUGAAAUUUAAGAAAAUUGUAAUGCUGGCGGUUUUAUUUUCCGGAGGAAAAGAUUAUACCGUUUUUCGAUUGACGUGGAAAAUGAUAAAUUCACCCACUUUCGGUCUUUAAUUUUUUUUUUUUCAUCUGCAUAAUAGAUUGUAAGAAAAUACUCUCUCUGCUCAAUAGCUGGUUCGUUGGUUUAUUUAUGUUAAUUUUUUUGGCGCUGAAGGGAAAUACGGAAGAAAAAAAAUAUUCUGUUUCGAAAGAAGGAAAAAAAUCACAUUUGCCAUGAUCUGUGACCUCUUAUGGUUCACAACUGUGCGACGAAAAACUCAGGAUAUGUUUUUUUAUUGUUUUGAUGUGUUGUGUUCAAUAAUCCGAUAUUAAAUACAACAGCUGGAUAGCUAAAGUAAAUUUUUAAGCUUAAUUCCCUAGAGC